AUGGAAAGGAUCAAUGACUUAACAUUCAAUCCUGAUUAUUCAUCAAUCUCAAUCUCCACAUCAGAAGGACAUAGAAUAUUCAAUUGUGAGCCAUUUGGAGAAUUCUAUUCAUCUACUCAAGGAACAUCACGAAGAUCCAUAUCCAAUUCAAUCGAAGAAACGACCACUCUUCAUCGAAUAGGUUCAAGAAGUAGUAAUGAUGAUAUACGUUCCCCAUCACAAAACAACAAUGACACUAAUGUGUUCCCAACUGUUUUUUUAAAAAUGUUAUUCUCCACAUCUUUAACAAUUAUUGUUCCACAAGAUAAUGCUGGUAAUAAUCGAUUAUUAAAGAUUUAUAACCUAAAGCAAAACUUAAAGAUUUGUGAAUUGACAUUUCCUUCAAAUAUAAUUGAUAUCAAAUUAAAUAGAAAGAGAUUAUUGGUAGUCUUAGAAACGGGACAAAUAUAUAUUUAUGAUUUAAGUUGUGUACGAUUAUUAAAGAUCUUACAAAUCAAUCCAAUAAGUGUGAAUGAUGAGAAUCAUGAUGAAUUCGUUGGGGAAUUAAGUGUGGAUGAUAGGUCAUGGUUAGUAAUACCGAUUUCUCAACUUGGUACUAAUACCAAUUUAUUUGGCGCAGACUAUAAGUUUAGUUCGUCCGAACUGAUGGAUACCCCUGGUAAUAAUCCCAAAUCAACUAAUAUCCAAAGUUAUUUUGAUUCAAUGAUUGAAUUUACAAAGAAAACUUCAACCAGUAGUUUAAGAAAUAAGUCAAAUAUAACCCUAGAUGAUAUUAAACAUGAUAGUAAUGGUUGGGUAUUGGUUUAUGAUACACUUGAUUUGAAACCUAUACUUAUAUUCCAAGCUCAUGAUUCGUCAAUUGCCAAGAUUGCCAUUUCUAACAAUAGUGAAAAUAAGAUUGCCACUGCAUCCAAGAAAGGAACAAUCGUACGGGUAUUUCAAUUGAAGGAAUCGACAGAGGAUAAUAAUGGGAAGAAAUUUCAAGUAAAACAAGUGACUAAUCUACGUAGAGGACAUAAUUUGGCUAGAAUCAAUUCGUUAAGUUUUCAUAAUGACAAUCAAGUCUUAGGAUGUGGAUCUGAAAGUGAUACUAUACAUAUCUUUAAAUUAUCAGAUGACAGAAAUACAGCCCAAACCAAUAAUGAGAAUAAUGAAGAUAAUGGAGAGAAUGAAGAUAGUGAUAUGGAAACAAGUAGAUCUUCUGAUGAUUUAAAUGAAAGUUUGGCAGGGUUGUUACUUUCCAAACCUGUAGAUUCACCAUCCACAUCUCCCAAGAAUGAAUCAAAAAAUCAAUCAUCAUGGUUAAAGAAGACUAAAAAGUUCUUAAAGAAUAAUUAUACAAAUAAGAUAAUUAAAAAAUUACCAUAUAAAGAUUAUUUUGAAAAUUUAAUAUGGGAGCCGCCAAGAAGAUCAUUUGCUUAUAUAAAGCUUCCAGAAAAUAACACUAAUACAGAAGGAGGUGGCAAUCGUCGUUUUAAAGUGGAAAUUGGAUUUAAUAAUGAUUUAGUAUAUUUGGCAUCUUAUCAAACUGGGAAUUUCUAUCAAUAUCAAUUACCUCGAAGAAGAUCUUCAGUGGUUAGUUUCUCAGAUGAAGAAAAGAGAGAAGAAUGUUUAUUAGUUGGACAAUAUUCAUUACUUUAA